UAUAACCGGAAGUUACCAUUUCCAACAUGUCUGCGCCCAUAGAUAACACAUUUAUUCGUGAUUUAGAAAUGAAAAAUGGUGAACAAAUUAAAAUCCAUCAGUUAGAAGUAGGUGAUGUUGGUUGUGUGGUAUGGGACGCAGCCCUAGUGAUGUGUAGAUACAUUGAGACUGGCGACUUCGACGGUGGGAAUUCAUGGCGGGGGUUAGAUGUUGUAGAAGUGGGAGCCGGUACAGGCGUACUUGGUGUGUAUGCUGCUGCUUACGGAGCUAAUGUUACAGUAACAGAUUUACCAGAGUUCCUGCCGCUGAUGAAUCUGAAUAUUGAUACCAACCGGCAUCACAUAACAGGGACAGCUGUAGCAGAAUCCUUAAAGUGGGGGGAAGAAUCACUGGGAAGGACCGUCGACUGUGUUCUCAUGGCAGACUGUAUCUACUAUGACAAAUCCCUUGGUCCAUUGGUGGAAACAGUCUGUUCUCUGUGUUCAGAUAAAACAACUGUGUUUUGCUGUUAUGAGCAAAGAACCACAGGAAAUAAACCCGAAUUGGAACGAAAGUUCUUAGAGCUGAUGCUGGAAAAAUUUGAUGUUGAAGAUAUUCCUUUAGAGAGACAGGAUUCCCUUUUCCGAAGUGAGGACAUCCUUAUAAAACGGUUUUGGAAAAAGACUUUUACAGAAGUUGGAUGAAUACCUAUGUGUUUAAUUUUAAUUGAUUGUUUUUGAUGAGUGACUGUAUAAAUUGUUAUUUAAUGUUAUGUUUAAACAAUAAAAUAUUUUAUCAAAACAUAUAAUGUAUCGCA